AUGGAUUCCUCCGCCCUACCAGACCCUCCCGGCUCUGUCAACGAAGCCGAGGUCGAAAGCUUUCUGUUGCCGGCUGAUCAGGCUGAGCUGAUCGAGACAUUUCGCAAAGAUGUCCGCCUCUGCGAGUCCGACGCGGGAAAGUUCCGGCUGUGCUCACAGAUGCGCAACUGGCUUCUUGUUCAGCACACGCAGGUGGAGUUGCUGAUCGCUCUCUUCGAGCGUGUUAUGCUGGCCGAGUGCCCCGACUACAGGAGUUACAAGAAAAAGAAAGCGAAACCCGAGAAGACGCAGUUUGAUGCGGAAGAGUGGGAUCGCUUCAUCGGGGUUGCCGCGAGCGGAUCAGACAUGAUCACGAAGUGCCUCCCGCAUCUGAAGGCCGUCAGCUUUCGCUGGGGUCGGGAUAGACUCCAACACUACAACUGGCCUUCCAGAGGAUGGAAAUUCUGCAAGACGCUGGGGGCGGUCGCGAACAAGAUGGGAUGGCCUGAGUUCGUAAUCAAGGGAAACCAGCUGUUACUGCGAAGAGCGCAGAUGGACGGCAAAUUUAGGAGCCACCGCAUUCGAGACUCUCCUGAUCCACUCAACCUGGUCGAGCUACGGAAUCUCGUCAAAUGGACAGGCGAGGUUCCGUACACCAAGGACAAGGACCCCCAGAACGUCUCCCUUCCGUUCAGAGAGAUUUUCGUCGAAGACCUGCCCACCGGCUAUGGUUUCGACGAGCACGGCCUCAUGAUCCGGCGCCCAUCUGAACCUUUAAUGGGAGCCGUGUCGGAAGAUUCUCGUCUCGACACUACCGUCGAGAAGAUUACUGAUUCAACCCUGGCAGAGGAAAAUGUUGGGUCAUCUAUCACUGUUCUCCCGCCGCUUUGUCCUCUGCUACUCAAGUCUGGUCCGGGAUCGCCGCAGUCGGUCCGGACGACAUAUCUCCACGUGGUGAUAGCGAUGCCGAAGACCCCCGGCUACCUGAAAAUCAAUUACCCAGGCAGAUUCUUCGCUCACGAGGGAAACAAAGCGAGGAUGGCAGAACAUCCGCAGAUGGUACCGAAAAUGUUAAUCAACACGCUACGAAUGGUCCGGCGGCCGUGA